AUAGUACUCGACCAAAACAACAAAAAUUCUUGACGGGAAUCAUUCACCUUGAUGAUAACACCGUAUCUUUUACUUCCAGGUUUUAAAUAACAAUGGGAUAAUGGCUUGAUGUUCUAGUCAGUAAAGCUGACAAAACUAAGUAAAAAUGACCAGCGCAGUGCCUUUUAUACAGAAGGGGCAGUCUCCCCGGGGAGGAGCAACCUCAUCCUCCCCUCGAAACUCGCCACAUGUCAUCAAUUCCUUCCAGCCAAACAGUCGCAAAACUGUUGAGGACAUCUUAGAUUGUCUGAAGGACCUGAAAUCAGACUUUGAAGCCAACAGCCAGCCUAUAACCGAUGACAACCAGACACUUCAUCGCUUCUGUGCUAAGCUGGAAUAUCUUCUACAAGCAAAUAUGAAGGAUAAAGUGACUCUGCUGGGGAGAAAGAAGGACUACUGGGAUUAUUUCUGUGACAGUAUCGGCUCCACGAAGGGAGUCAACGAUGGAAUAAAAUACGUCAAGACGAUUGGAGACUACAAGACAUCAAUCGGUAAGGGACGAGCUUUCCUAAGAUUUUGUCUCAUGCAUAGCAGAAUGGCAGAUAGCAUACAACAGUGUACAAUGAAUGGCAAGGUGACCAGUGAUUGGUUCCAUCCAAAAUCAAUAUGGUUGCAGCACAAAGAGCGUAACACCAUCAUUAGUGCUCUGUAUGACCUCAAUGACAUCCAGUUUGACCUUGCUGCUAGAGGUUAUGACCUUGACAAUGCAUGGCCCUCAUUUGCUAGGAAGAAUCUGAGUGGUGGAAACAGCUGGAAUCUGACCAGCAGGACGUCCAGUAUGUCCAGUCUGAUGAGUAUACCUGGUCAGGACCUGAACUCGUCCAGACAUGCACUGUCCAGCACCCCUAAUGAUGUCGACCUUGACCAUUUGACCUCUGACAGCAUGCAUGCUGAUCUGCUGGACAAGAUGGAGGCUUUGGAGCAACAGAAACAAAGUUUCCAGCAGUCAGUCAUCACAUCUCAGGGUGAACUAGGCCUGCUGCAGGAUCAGUAUAAACACCUCAAGACUGACCACGAAUCUUUGGCCGCUGACCACCAGUCACUGAACACUGACCACAAGGACAUACAUCUUAGGUUUGAUCGACUGAGUCUGGAGUGUGAGACUAGGGAGAAAGAAUGGCAGAUGAAGGAGGAGCUGUAUCAGAAACAGCUAGACAGUGCCAAACAGGAAACAGAGACUCUCAGGUCAAAGGUCAACAGUAUGGAGGGCAAAGUUCAACAACUUGAUAUGUCGAGGAAGGAUUCUGAUGACUCUAAUAUGGCCAAGAUUGCUGAACUGGAAGAUAUCAGAAUGGAUCUCACAUUACAGGUUCGCACUUUGAGUCAAGAUCUUGAAAACAAGCAAAAAACUGAGGAGAAGCAUUCCAGCAUUGUUAAGGAGAUGGAACAGAAGCUACAAGCUUCUGAAUCACAGUCAAGCAAACUCUUGGAUGAGUUAAAAUCUAUCAUGAAAAAUAAAAAUGAGGCAGCAUCUUCACAAAUGGAUUCCGUCAGUCAACUUCAAAGUACUCUGCUUCAUCUAAAGGAAGCUGAAGAGGAAAAUCUAAAAUUGAAAGGAGAAAUUCUUGAUCUUUCAAAUCAGUGCAGUCAAAAAGACCAGGAAUUAACUGCACUGGAAAGUAAAGUUACUGAUCUUAACAGUCAUAGGGAAAAUGAACAUCACGCCGCUCAACAGAAAAUAGAAACUCUACAGCAGAAGCUUGUGUCCGAAACUGUAAGAUUACAACAAGAACUGAAGUCUUUACAAGAUUUAAAUUCAACUUUAGAAAAGGAAAAAUCGGAAGAAAUUGUGAAGUUAAGAACUGAAAAUAAAAGUUUUUGUCUUGAAAGUGAAACAAGUAAAAGUGACAUGGAAAAAGUUAGAGUGUUAGCAAGUGAUCUGGAAAUGAAACUUUCUAAAUCAGAGGAAAGUAGAAACUUCGAAAGUGCAAGAUUACAGGAGAGUUUAAAACAUUUAACUGCUGAAAAUUUAAGACUACAAACAGAUAUUGAAAGUGUAAGUAAACAAAUAGCUGACAAGGAAGAUGCAAUAUUGGAACAUACUCAAAAGUUGGACGAAUCUCAGCGAGUGCUAUGUGAAGAGAAAGUUCGUUGUGAGAGUCUUCAUGCACAAGUACAAAGUCUUCAAGGUGAAAUCAAGGGCAAAGAAACAGAAAUUCGCAAUCUGAUAGAACAACAAUCCUUAGAAAAGGGAUCGGUUACGGAAGUCAAGACUGUCCUGCAGGAGAAGAUGGCAGCUAAUAGAGAGCUCGAAGCUAAGGGGAGACAAUCUGUUCAAUCCUUACAAUGGCUACAGAGCUGUGUAAAUACAGGAGCUUACAAUAAGAUUCCUACAAAAUUGGAUGAUGAUGAAUUUUCGAAUGUGUUCAGUGAACUUGUAGAAAAAAUAGUUGAAAAGGAAGAUCGGAUGAAGUGCUUGGAGUCUGACAAACAGUCUUUAACGGACCAGUGUCAUUCUUUAACUGAUGAGAACAAAAACCAAGGGACACAACUUAUGAAAAGCAAAAAUGACAUGGAAAGUUUGAAGAAAUCUUUGUCAGACUUGGAAGACAAAGAAAAAAUUCUUCAAAAUCAAAACUCAGAAUUGACUGAAAAUAUUCAUAAUCUAUCUGAAACUCGGGAUAAAUUAACUGAAACUUUGAGAGAGAAAGAAAUGAUUGUUUCUGAAAGGGAAACAGAGAUUGAAAAUUUUAAAGCAGAAGUUGCCAAUCUAGGGAAAGAUUUGAACGAAAAAUCAGCGACAUUACUUGAACUACAGAAUUCUGUAUCAGUGUCGGAAGAAAAGCUACGACAGAGUUCAGAAAUGAGGAAACAAGCUGACCAGCAUCAAAAUAGUUUGACAGAACAACUGAAAUCUCUUAAAGAUCAGUUAGAGAAACAGACGGACAAUGCUAAAGUCUUGGACAAAGAGUUGGCUAAAUCUAGGACAAAACUUUCCGAAACUGAAUCAAAACUAAAUAAUCUUGUUGAAGAAAAGUCGAAAGUAGAUAAGAAAUGUGAGGAUUUGUGUAAGCAUGUAGAUGAUCUGAAAAAUGAUAAAGAACAAUUAAAGAAGAGCAUUGUAUCAAUAAGGGAAGAAAAGAAACAAAUAGAGCAGAAAUUAACAGAGGUGAAGAGAUGUUUGUUCGACUCAGAGCAGAAGUUGUCUGAAGUGAGACAUGAGAAGGAGGAAAAAGAAAAAGGCCACCAGGAGGUUCUAGAGAGAUUACAAAGUGAGAGACAGGACCUUACAGAAAAUCUUGAGGAGGCCAUGACGGACCUCGGUAGUAUCAAACUACAGCUGGAGCAGACGUCUCGUGAGCUAGAAACCACCUACCACCUCAAGGAUCAACUGGAGGCAGAACGGAAUGAUGUUAUGUCAGACAAGGUCACCAUGGAGGAAAAGAUAUCACAACUACAGUCUCAAUGUCAAGGUCUCGAUGAGGAGGUCAAAGGUCAAAAGCUCAAGGUCACUGAAGUGACAGCCAUGUUUGAUGGAUUGAGAGUGGAGAAAACAAACUUGAUAUCAGAGAAAGAGGAAGUAGAGGGAGGGUUUAAAACACUUCAAAGUGAGAUCGAAGAUUUAAAAUCAGAGAAAGAUGAAGCUUUAGUAAAAAUUGAAGCACUUGAAGCAGAGUUGCAGGCAAGGUCAGAAAAAUGGAAAGAAGAUAGUGAUGUUUUGGAGGAAAAGCUUCAACAAACAGAGAAUGAAAUGAGGACUUUGAGAGAUGAAAAAAGUGAGUUAGAAUCUACAAUAACAAGUUUACAAAUCAAGCUUAAAGAGAGUACAAGUCAUAUUGAAGAAAUAGAAAAUCAUUUACAAAAUAAAGCAGUGUCUAUGGAAGGUCUGGCGAAAUCAAUAUCUGAAAAGGACAGCUGUAUUACUGACCUUGAAGAAAAAAUGAGGUCCAUGGAGGAAAGUUUUGACCAGGAGCGUGACACCCUUAAACAAGAGUUAACAGCCUUGCAAUUUCAGCAAAGUGCUGAACAGAUACAGCAUCAACAAGCCUUGAAGUCAUACAACUCACAGGAGACAAACAUCAGCGAGCUGAAGGAUAAACUGAUGGAACAGGAAGGACUGAUAGAUCAACUGGAGCAGGAGAUGGCCGAGAUCAAGUCUGCACGGGAACGAGAGAAGGACAGACAAGGUCAAGAGGUGGAAGAUUUACGGUCGAUGCUGCAGACCAGAGGAAUCGAUAAGGAGGAUCUCCAGGAGAAACUUAUUAUGACCAGAAAAGAUUUGGAGACCGAGAAAUCAGUUGUUUUAUCUCUAAAGAGCCAGCUUGAGGAAGCUGAACGACGACUAAAUGAUGCAGGAAUGGAGAGCCAAAGCGAAAUCUCGGAACUCAAAAAAGAUACCGAGCAAUUGAAGAAAAAGCUCAUCAAGCUCAUUCGAGAAAAAGAUACGCUGUGGCAGAAAUCAGAUCAGCUGGCUUAUCAACAGAAAGAGAAAGCCAAGGAAAAAUGGAUGGACGACAAAGCAGUUCUCAACUGUCUCGGCUGUAAAACGGAGUUCUCCUUCACAGUCAGAAAGCAUCACUGCCGCAUGUGUGGGAAGAUCUUCUGUUUCAACUGUAGUAGCAACUGGAUCAUGACGGCCCACAGCAGUAAAAAGUCCCGUGCGUGUAACCUGUGUUACCUAUGGUACAGUCGAGUCGAGUCUGACCAGGCAGAUACCCCAGAAACGGAAAACAACGACUUCGAGGAAACGCUAGAACUUCCUCAUUGCAGGUUCCGAACGAGUCGUGGUCAAUCGAUGGAACAAGGUCCAGACGACCAAUCGGAAGGCAAGGAGCCAAGGGCCAGUCAGAUGAAUGAGAGCACUUCUACGGUAGAGUCCUCAGACCCAACAGAUCAGUCUUCCAUGGACGGGUCCAGGACAGAUAAGGAGGAGGACUACACUGUCCCUGGUCAAGUAGCUACAGAUAUCUCUAUCGCAUUGGUCGGUGAAAACGAGACCGAAGAGACCAAGGUGAAGAAAACCGCUACAGGGGAGGAAGAAGAGGGAGCUGUUGCACCUUCAAAAGAUGAUAUCUUCCACAUGAUCAGCGACGAAGAAAUCUCGAAGUCUAUGAGCGAAGAUUCACAGCCAGUCCCCUUGGAUCCAACACUUACGACAAGUCUAACCAUCUCUACGGAGGAGCUGGAGAAGGGAAUGAUUAACAGUACAAACGAGGUGACCCUCAGGGCUGGACGUAGGUUUGCUGUUCCUAUCAUGGUGGACAAAUUGAAUACAAUAUUGUGUUGGGAGUUCACCUCACAACCCAAGGACAUUGUGUUCAGUGUGACAUACCAGACUCGGACAGAUCUCCCCUCAAUGGCCGCCCAGAUAUUGGUGCCACCGUGUAAGUGUGAUUCCCACAAACAGGCUGUGAAGGGUGAGCUGACGGCCAAACAGCUCGGGGUGUACACCCUUAUUUUUGACAACACCUACUCCAGAUUGACGUCGAAGAAAGUGUCCUACUGCCUAUGGACACGUUAGGAUAUAAACUUUUGUGGACGAGGGCAGAAACUGUAACUGUCUAUUGACACGUGGACAACGAGAGCAGAAACUGUAACUGUCUAUUGACACGUGGACAACGAGAGCAGAAACUGUAACUGUCUAUUGACACGUGGACAACGAGAGCAGAAACUGUAACUGUCUAUUGACACGUGGACAACGAGAGCAGAAACUGUAACUGUCUAUUGACACGUGGACAACGAGAGCAGAAACUGUAACUGUCUAUUGACACGUGGACAACGAGGGCAGAAACUGUAACUGUCUAUUGACACGUGGACAACGAGGGCAGAAACUGUAACUGUCUAUUGACACGUGGACAACGAGAGCAGAAACUGUAACUGUCUAUUGACACGUGGACAACGAGGGCAGAAACUGUAACUGUCUAUUGACACGUGGACAACGAGAGCAGAAACUGUAACUGUCUAUUGACACGUGGACAACGAGGGCAGAAACUGUAACUGUCUAUUGACGCGUGGACAACAAGGGCAGAAACAG